AUGUCUCGCGUGGUUCGUCAGUCCAAGUACAGGCACGUCUUCGGUACCCCCCAGAAGCCUGAGAACUGCUACACCGACAUCAGGCUCUCGACCAACCAGUGGGAUUCCAACUACGUGACGGCCAACACCAAGUUCUUCGCCGUGUGCUGGGAGGCCGCUGGUGGCGGUUCCUUCGCCGUCGUCCCCUGGGUCCAGAAGGGCAAGCUGAAGGCCGACUACCCCCUCGUCUCCGGCCACAAGGGUCCCGUCCUCGACGUCGACGCCAACCCCUUCAACGACUACCUCUUCGCCUCGGCCUCUGAGGACGGCACUGCCAAGAUCUGGAAGGUCCCCGAGGAUGGCCUGACCGAGACCAUGCGCGACCCCGUGCAGAACCUCUCCGGCCACAAGAGGAAGGUCGGUAACGUCCGCUGGCACCCGACCGCCAACAACGUGCUCGCCACGUCGUCGACCGAUUACACCGUCAAGGUGUGGGACGUCGAGAAGGGCGCCGCCAAGUGCCACGUUGAUGGUCACGCCGACAUCAUCCAGUCCAUCGAUUGGAACUACGAGGGUUCGCUCAUCGCCACCGCUUGCAAGGACAAGAAGAUCAGGAUCAUCGAUCCCCGUACCGGCCAGGUUGUGUCGGAAGCCGCCGCUCACACCGGUGUGAAGGGCAGCCGCGCCAUGUUCCUCGGCCGCACCGAGAAGGUCUUCACCGUCGGUUUCUCGCGUACCUCGGACCGUCAGUACGCCAUCUGGGACCCCUCCAACAUGGGCACCGCCCUCGCCCAGGAGAACAUCGAUACCGGCUCCGGUCUCCUCAUGCCCUUCUUCGACCCUGACUCCAGCAUCAUCUUCCUUGCCGGCAAGGGUGACGGUAACAUCCGUUACUACGAGCUGACGGACAACGGCUCGAAGAUCUACUUCCUGUCGCAGUACCAGUCGAACGUGCCCGCUCGCGGCAUGGCCUACUACCCCAAGUACGGCGUCGACGUGGGCUCGUGCGAGAUCUCGCGUCUCAUCAAGGCCACCACCACUGGUAUCGAGCCGAUCUCCUUCAACGUGCCCCGUAAGGAGGGUCUCGACGUCUUCCAGGACGACAUCUACCCGCCCACCGCCGCCCCCGAGCCCACCACCACCGCCGAGGAGUGGUUCGGCGGCAAGACCGUGCCCCCCAAGCAGAUCUCGCUCGAGGGUGGCUUCGUCGCCAGGGAGAGGCCCGCCGACUUCAACCCGACCGAGGUCAAGUCCGUCGAGGACGAGGGCCCCGCCUCCGAGAAGGAGCUCAGGGCCGAGUGGAGGAAGCAGAAGGACCGCAUUGCCUUCCUCGAGAGCGAGCUGGCCAAGAAGGACGCCCUCCUCAAGAACCAGGGCAACUAA